AUGUUAGAGCAAGGUAUAAUUCGUCCGUCAGAAUCUGCAUGGAGCUCUCCCAUCUGGAUAGUUCCUAAAAAGGUUGAUGCUUCUGGCAAGACUAAAUGGCGACUCGUAGUCGACUUUAGGAAGCUAAAUGAAAAAACCAUUAGUGAUAAAUACCCAAUACCGAAUAUAUCGGAUGUACUAGAUAAGUUAGGAAAUUGCCAAUAUUUUACAACCUUGGAUUUAGCCAGUGGAAUUUACCAGGUCGAAAUGAACCCUAGUGACAUACCGAAAACAGCAUUCAACGUUGAACAUGGGCAUUUCGAGUUCUUGCGGAUGCCCAUGGGCCUGAAGAACUCGCCAUCCACGUUUCAGCGUGUCAUGGAUAACGUGCUCCGUGACCUACAAAAUACAGUUUGUCUCGUGUACUUAGACGAUAUUAUUGUGUUCAGCACUUCCUUGCAAGAACACAUGGUAAAUCUUGAGAAAGUAUUUCAGAAACUACGGGAAUCCAACUUUAAAUUACAAAUGGAUAAAUCCGAGUUUCUUAAAUUGGAAACCGCUUAUUUAGGACAUAUAAUUAGUAAAGAUGGCAUUAAGCCAAAUCCUAGUAAAAUAUCAGCCAUAGAAAAGUAUCCAUUACCCAAAACCGCAAAAGAGAUUAAACAGUUUUUAGGCCUUAUAGGUUAUUAUCGGAAGUUCAUCCCAGACUUUGCUCGAACUACUAAACCUCUGACACAAUGCCUAAAAAAGGGACGAAAAAUAACUCUUGACACAGACUAUAUUAACUGCUUCGAAAAGUGCAAGACUCUCCUGACUAACGACCCAAUCCUUCAAUAUCCUGACUUCAACAAAGAAUUCAUCCUGACCACUGACGCAUCCAAUGUAGCGAUAGGAGCCAUCCUAUCUCAGGGACCCAUAGGAUCAGACAAACCUGUAUGUUACGCUUCUAGAACUCUAAAUGAGAGCGAAGUGAACUACAGCACUAUAGAGAAAGAACUCCUUGCCAUCGUGUGGGCAACCAAGUACUUUAGACCCUACCUAUUUGGCCGUACUUUUAAAAUCUUAACUGAUCAUAAACCCCUUCAGUGGGUAAUGAAUCUUAAGGAACCGAACUCACGACUUACUAGGUGGAAAUUAAAAUUAAGCGAAUACGAUUUUUCUGUUAUAUAUAAAAAAGGAAAAAAUAACACCAAUGCCGAUGCGCUUUCCCGGGUGGAAAUACAUAACGAAGAAUCGUGUUCUAUGUUAGCUAACCCAUCAAACUACAAGAACAGACUUGAUAAUGACACCAACUUACUGUACGAAUUACAAAUGGACUAUCUUUCUAGCAAACUAGACAAAGUAUUAUUACAACUAAAUAGCUUAGAGCCUAGUCGCACUAAGAGAGGUCUAGUAGACGGAUUAGGCUCAGUGAUCAAAAGCGUAACCGGUAAUCUAGAUUAUUUAGAUGCCGCGAAAUAUAAUAAUGCCAUAAAAGUUUUAAAGGAUAACCAAGAUAGGAUCGAAUCUGAAUUCAAUAGUCACAUUAGCAUUAGUAAAGAGUGGAUGUUACAACAUAAUAGUGUGAUAUCCCAGAUAAUUGAAAACGAGAACAAAAUUAACUCAACGCUUAUCCAAUUACUAGAUAGAGCCGCUUAUAGAGAUAGUAGCCUCAUCAAGUAUGCUAAGUUUGCCCAACUACUCACAAUCUUAACAGAAAAUAUCGAUGAUAUGCUCAAUGAGCUUAAUAGGAUAGAAAAUAUAUUAGCAUUUAGUCGUGCAUCGAGCACCCACCAUUCUACGUUAAGUGUUAAGGUAAUUAAGUCUAUGUUAGUAAGAUUAAGACAAAUUUAUGAUAAGGAACAUGUAUUAAAUUUAGAGACUAGAGAAUAUUACGAUAUCAUUAAGUCAGGUUAUUAUUUUACAGAAAAUCAAAUAGUAAUUGUUCUAAAAUUCCCUGUUAUUUCCAAAGACACCUUCGACCUAUUCCGCUUAUCCAUUGUACCUAACAAAAACCACCAAUCUAUUAUUCCACCCUAUCCUUUAAUAGCAACUAAUAGAGAAAAAUUCGUGUACAUGGAGACAGAAUGUCCGAAGUUGAGUAAUCGGUACCUAUGCGAAAAGGAAACGAACACCCAAAUUCGAACACAAUCCGACUGUAUCCAGAACCUCAUCAUCAAUCAGUCUAUAGCGACAUCCUGUAAGAUAACCGACAUUGCACUAUCAAAAGAAGCCAUGGAACGUCUUGACGACAAGCACUACACCAUUUCUUUCCCUCAACCAACUAAAGUCCAUACAGUAUGCGGGCGUGAAGAUAUUACUACAUUACAGGGUAGUUACUUAGCCACAAUACCAAUUAAUUGCUUCCUGCGAACACAAGAAUUCACCAUCACCAAUAUUAACGAUCAAGUAGAAGGCCAUCCACUGAAACUAAUGAAAAUACCAAUGGAUAUAAACGCAAAAAGCAACCCAGCAGUACCACGAAUCAGCCUUAAUACAAUUAACCUGAAAGGACUCCACGCAGCCCAGGACCAACUCAUGAUGCAACCACCACUUCAUCUGAGAGAGAUGGAUCUCCCAACUUUAUAUCACACCACAAUUCCCUUUUACGCCGUGUUAUCAAGCAUUGCAAUAUUCGCUAUCAUAAUCUCAGUUCGUUACUACUACAAGACUAAAAAGCAAGAACAGAUCCAGAAUAACACCCAACAUAGCUAUGAAAAGCCCGAAGAAUCCGAAGUCAAAAAGGCAUUACCAGCAACUUUUUCUCUCAAGGUUCUAAAAUAG